UUAACAUUGAACCACCAUUUAACCGUUGAGCUGCAAUUUUGUCAAUUAUCCGUAAUGCGAGAAGGUGUCUAUUAUUAUUUGUAUUUUUUUUAUUAAUCGAAAAUUAAAAAGAGAGCUUAUUAUCUUGUCUAAAAUGGCACCGCAACCUAACGCAAGACUAAGUCUGAUUUAUUUUGUACCAUAGUGGAAACUUGAGGUCAUGCAGUAAAUUAUCAUUCGUAUGACAUUUGAGUCAGUGCGCAGAAACGAAUUAGAUAUAUUUGGGAAGUAGUUGGAUUAAUCGUAAUUACAAAUCAGGAUGCCACAAGUUCACAACAAAUCCAUUCUCCUGGAUGGAAAUGCUUUCGGAAAGAAUUCUCGUUUUAUGAACACAAUGAAAUUUAGUGAUGUAACAAAACGUCGAGUCAGAGCAUUCAACGUGGUGGAAAACCGGUUAAGUAAAUAUAGAAUAAACUAUUACAAUAAACAAGCAGAACUAGAGUUUAAUCGUGUUCAAAGACAGAAAGAAACAUUGCUAGUUAGAAUGAAAAAACUCAUGGCUUACAAAGUAGUUGCAAAACAUCACAAUAUUUCUAACGCAAAAGACUAUCAUGCAGCGUUAAAUGAAGAUAGAUCUCCACGCAAAAUACAAAAGGAGAUUAAAGAGAUGAUAAAGCAGAUUUCACCACAGUACGUGAGAGAGAAGCGUGCUAAAGAGAAAAUCGAUGAAGCUAGGCGCCUCUGUGACGAUGUGAUACAUCAAAAUCGGAAACAAAUUGAUGUUAUUUAUCCUCCUCCUAAACAAUGGCAGCCAUAUCGAGACCAAGAUGAGGAUGAUUCAAGGUCAGAUGUAUCAACUCCUGCAUCGGCACCACCUGUAAUGAAUGCUGAAAUGAGAAUGCGAAGGUUGACUCUACCUCAAAAUCGGAGAACAGUAGGGGUUUCCAGAGCGUACGUUAUGGAAAAAAGUAAUCUUGGUGAAAAAUUAGAAAAAGAAAAGACUGUUAUGGAAAUGCCCCAACAAAAAGAAGUGCUUAUAUCUGAAUCGAAAAAUAACGACGAAGAACCAAAGCUUGAAUUACCGCCAGUCAUUGUCCGACGAUCAAGUUUAAAAGACGAUGUUUUACCAAAACAAAAAGCUAAGCGAUUAGAAAAACCAAACUACGAGCUUGCCCCUGUUUCUCUAAACAAAAAGAUUAAAAAAGAGCUUGAUAUUAGGUCAGACUAAAAUUUCUUAUAAAAUCAAGUUUGAAACUAGAUCUUUCACUAAAGGAAAUACUUAUGGGCAUCAUUACAAUUUACUCCUCCAAGUACAGAAUCGAAUAUUUUCUACAAUCUUAGGAGAAAUCAAGUUCAGUAAUAAACUGACGCAAUUCUUAGUAGAAAUAUUGAAAGUAUUGCAUAUUGUGUUUCAAAACACUGUCUCAUUCUGAGCAUGUUUUAAUAAAAUUGAAUCUCCUUUUACUGUUUUAGGAAUCUUUACCAUGGCAGACACUAUUUAUAUUUUUUGGAGUACAGUAUACUUUUUAAAACAUGUUAAGUUUUUAAUUUGAUGAACCAAUGAUACCAAUUUGAAAGUAAACGAUUUUAAGCUGUUUCUUUGAACAUAACAUAUGACAACCGUGCUCUAGAAGAUAUUUUUAAAAACAUGAAUAUAUUUCAAGAGUGUUUAAAUUUGUAUGGUCAAAAUAUAACAGCAUUAAUCGUUUACUUAAACUUGGUUCGAGGAAUUUGUAUUUAUUUUUUGCAAUCUAUGUGUUUCU